AUGUUUGUGAGCAGUCGAAGAGUAAAAAAAUGGCAGUUUGUACAUUUGUUUGCCACUUGCUUUUUACUAAGCCUCAUGGUUUUUUGGGAUCCCCUCGAUAAUCAUAUUAUGAGCCAUGUGAAGUCCUACUCAUACAGAUACCUCAUAAAUAGCUACAGCUUUGUGAACGAUAGCCUGUCCCUCCGGCACAACUUGGAAGGGGCUGCUAGCUUCCAAUACUUGAUUAAUCAUGAGGAGAAAUGUAGAGCACAAGAUGUCCUUCUUUUGCUCUUUGUAAAGACCUCUCCUGAAAACCGCUAUCGCCGAGAUGCCAUUAGAAAAACAUGGGGUAACGAUAGAUACGUUCGUUCUCAGCUGAAUGCCAACAUUAAGACUCUCUUUGCUUUAGGAAGUCCUAAUAACCCUCAGAAAUCUGAGAGAGAGAGGCUGCAACAUGAGCUUUUUUUAGAAGAUCAAGAGUAUAAUGAUUUAAUUCAGCAAAACUUCACUGAUACUUUCUACAAUCUUACUCUAAAAUUGCUUUUGCAGUUCAGAUGGGUCAACAUGUACUGUGCACAUGCCAAAUUUGUUAUGUCAGCAGAUGAUGACAUAUUUAUUCACAUGCCAAAUCUUAUUGAAUACCUUCGAAGUUUAGAACAAAUUGGUGUUCAAGAUUUUUGGGUAGGACGAGUUCAUAGAGGGUCCCCUCCCGUAAGGGAUAAGAACAACAAAUAUUACGUCCCGUAUGAAAUGUAUCAUUGGCCUUCGUACCCAGACUACACAGCUGGAGCUGCCUAUGUGAUCUCUAGUGAUGUAGCGGCCAAGGUAUAUGAAGCAUCACAAACACUUAAUUCGAGUCUUUACAUAGAUGAUGUGUUUAUGGGUCUGUGUGCCAACAAAAUGAAAAUUGUACCCCAGCAUCAUGUAUUUUUUUCUGGAGAAGGAAAAGCUCCCUAUCAUCCCUGUAUUUUUGAAAAAAUGAUAACAUCUCAUGGACAUUUGCAAGACCUUCAGUACCUUUGGAAGGCAGCAACAGAUUAUAAAGUCAAGAAAAUUUCUAGAAGCUUUUUGGGCCAGAUAUACUGUAGAAUGGUUAAAAUAUUUCUUCUUUGUAAACCGAAAUAUGUGGACACCUAUCCUUGUAAAGCGGCAUUCUACUAAUAGUACUUGAAUAUUGUCUCAAAUGUCACUGAGCCAAACCUAAAAGAAAACCUUUCAACGUUUAUCCAAAUCCACAGUGAAUAUGGUAAGCAAAGAAAUGUUUUGAAAGCUAAGCCAAGCAGAAUGUUUCUUUGAUUAAAAAAAAAAAAAUCCAACUCUACAACUUCUUUUUUUUUUAAUAGCCUAAAUUUUUAAAAUUCAACUCAAGGAAUUUGAGAC